AUGAAAUCAGGUGGUCUUUUGUUGAUUUGGAUAGAGCAGUUUGGUUGGUGUUUUCAGUUAUGUCAAGCAGGAGGUCCUAAAGAAAGAUGGCAACCGUACAAAAAUACACUUCUAACAAUUUUCAAACGCGAAAAAAGGAUUGUGUUGUAUAACUGUUCUUUAGACUGUUUGGUAGCUCUUCCCAUUGCUGCUAGACAACAGCUACAAUUCUGUUGGUGUGCGUCCAUUUUGCUUGAUUAG